AUGUUUGGGAUCGAGGACUACGGCAGCGACAAUGACAGCGACGUGGAAACUCGGCCGACACCCUCAACAUCCAAGCAUAUUUUAUCUCCAAAGUCGUCUUCACUCCAUCUCCCGCCACCAACCAGCACGAAUUCAAAAUCUGCUGGCGGACUGUCUCUACCUCCUCCCAGGGCUAAGCGUCCCAAGAAGAUCACCAUAGGCUUACCAGAUCUCUCCCCUGAGGACGGCCAGACUAAUGGAGAUAAGAGUCCCCCUGCUAAGAAGCCACGUCUACAGUCUGGCGCACGUUCUUCGGCCCUGCUUUCUAUGCUUCCGGCCCCAAAGAACAAGGCAGUCCCAGUCGUUAUACCAGAGAGAGUACUUGGCGGUGGUCGCGGACCUGGCCUCGUUUUCAAUACUGCAUCGGGUAGGUCUACGCGAUCAACGACUGUUGAAGACGCGGAAGAUGAUGGGGAGGAACAGGCGGGUGUAGCCUUAGAUAACUCCAAGCCAUCCAUUUCCUUCCUACCGCCCUCUUUGGCGAAAGGAAAAGCGAAUGUAUCCGUGGAAGAACAGAAUGAGCGGCCUACCCGUAUCAUACCUAGUGCGACACCGGCCCUAGAUUUCUUCUCGUUAGGUUCUUCCAGCUCAGCGACCGUCUUGCCCUCGGCUGGCACACCAGCUACUUCCCUGCAGGUGCGACUUCCGGCGCCUCCGGUUGCGUCCUCGUCUGCAUCUACAACGACUGUCCUUCCGGGGAUAUCGUCAGCUCCGAAGGUAGACGACUUUGUACCCCCCGACCCAACUCCACAAGACCCGUAUCCGGGCUACUAUCUUCUGCCCUCAGGCAGCUGGGCUGCAUACGAUCCCGAAUACUACCACAAGUUUUACGACAAAUGGAAACGCGAGUAUGAUGCGCAUGUGCGCGCACUGGAAAAGGGUACCGCCAAGGGCUUCGAGGCGGUGGACACGGAGGGCGCGCAGGAAUUCAAUGCUCUCAGAGAGAUGGAGAAAGCAAAGAUAGAAAUUCAGGAGAGGGAAGAGAGGAAGGCAUUAACCACUGCCGGUGCGGACGUAUCCGCCGCGCCGAAGAUGAACGUCAAGGGAGCAGCAUUAGGUGGCCGAGCCCGGACACGGCAUCAGCUUGCCACUUUACUCACAGAAGCCUAUCAGAAUCGAGAGUCGCUGGAGGAAAAGAUUGCUCAGGGUCGGAGGAAUAGAAAGGAAGCGGGUAAUAAAUAUGGUGAGGCUCGCAUGUUCACCUGCGUAGCUAUUUUCUUACGCAAGUCAUAG